GUUGAUAGAUGGUUGACAGUUGGAUGAUGGCUGAUGGCUGAUGGUUUGAUGGAUGUUGAUGACCGUUGAAGGGUUGAUGGAUGUUGUUGAUGAUGCUUCUCGACUUACACGUCUUCUUCUUUUCGCAGUUGACCUGGGUGUUGGACGACUAUGUUCUUACAAAGCUGGAGGGAACAAACUACUCUACCGCGGCACGACAGGAAUCGUUAUGCUCGCAUUCGGUUCUCCGGCACGACGGAAAGGGACUGGUGAUAUAUGAUACCCUGAAAGACUGGCGGUUCAACAACAACCCGAACGUUAUAAAUGCCCCCUUCGUACGCUUUUAUGCAAGCGCAAACGUCAUUACACCAGAGGGACACAAUCUAGGCUCAAUAUGCAUCAUGGAUUCGAAAGCACGCAAAAAGUUCGCACAAUCAGAGAUGGACGUCCUGGCAAACUUCGCGCAGGCCGUGCUCGACAGGCUGGACGCGUGGGUGCUGCGAAAAGAGUUGGAGGAGCGGGAUAGGAGGGAGAAUGCGUUGGCGGAGUUUGCGCGGGCGGCGCUGGGGGAUGCGCCCCUCAUCCUGCAGACCGGAUUCGACCUAGGCACGCAGUUGAUCGCAAACGCACUGGAAGUCGAAUGUGUGAUCUUACUCAGCGUAACUCCCACCAAUUCCGUACCGUCGGCUGAUAUCACCGCCCCCGACCGCGUCAUCAGCUCCAACCUUCCCGGUUUGGCAAACGCAAAGAUCGACAUGACCUGUCCUGUUACUUCAGGCCUCGUCUACGAGACACUCGGUUCCACUCGGGGGAUCGAGCGCCAAUUCGACCCAGACGACCCCGACAGUUCUCCCGCCUUCGUUCAGCACCUUGGAAUUGCCUCCUGCAUCGCCGUCCCCGCCAAGGUUGGCAACCCUACCGCUGCGAAUCUAGAAAUUGGCGUGCUCAUGGCGUUCACGAAAGACUCGCGACGGGUUUUCAGUGCGUCCGAUCUCGCUUUUUUGAGCACCUUCUCGGCGCAUAUGUCUACUGUCGCGUACCGGACUUAUGCGGAUGAGGCGGCUGUAGCCAAGAUCGCGUUUGUUAGCUCCAUCAGCCAUGAACUUCGCACACCCCUGCACGGUCUCCUCGGCGUCUCCGACCUCCUCGCCCUCACACCCCUCACAACCACCCAAGAAGCCUUCGUCAACACAAUCGAAUCCUGCGGUCGAUCCCUCCUAGGCGUCAUCAACAACGUCCUCGACGUCGCGAAACAAGUAUCGAAGCGCGAGAAUCAAGCGUCGAGAAUCAAAGAGGUUGAUCUGUUUGAACUGUUGCAACAGGUUGUGGAUUCGGUUGCGGCGACGUGUCCCCCGAAUGUGGAGUUGCUACUUGACGUGGCAUUGCCGAGGGAAUGGAGAUAUGUGAAAACGGAUGCAAACUGUGUUAGGCAGAUUAUGGUCAACUUGCUGGGCAAUGCUCUGAAAUUUACUCAGGAAGGAUCCGUGGAGUUGACCGUGUCAUUUGUGGACGAAGCGUCGGCGAAAUCACACCUAGACGCGGAUAAGACGGGACCCCGACUCCUUCGCUUUUCGGUCGCCGAUACCGGUUGUGGCAUCUCCGAGAGCUUUCUACCAAACAUCUUCACCCGACCGUUUGCACAGGAAGAUCCGCUGAAACAAGGGACCGGCCUAGGACUCGUGCUCACUCGGUAUAUGGUCACGAGAUUGGGAGGAAAUCUUGCAGUGCAGACGGAAGCAGGGAUUGGGACAAAGAUGUGGAUGGACGUUGAGAUGGAAACGCUGUCACCAACAAACAUCAAACCGCUUGCACCCCGGGUCGCUCGCGUUCAUGUUGCAUCUCCGAACUUGGCGAGAUGCCUGGCCUCCAUGCUCACCAUAAAUGGAAUGACCGUUACCUACGGACUUGAGGGCAUCGCAGACGGCGACGUCCUUAUAGUGGACCGCGAAAGCCCAGACCUCAUCAACCUCCUCAGCACCCCUUCCUCAACCAAACCCGCCAUCCAAAUCAUCUACCUCUGCCGAAUCUCUCAACACGCGCGCACAGUCAACUUCCUCGAACUCCGCCUACAGAGACCGGACGUCGCCGUGCUAGUCAUCACGGAACCCCUGGGCCCGCAUAAGCUGUUUGAGGCGUUUGAGUCGUUUCAGAAUGAGAAGGUGCCCAGCUUGAAACCGGCAGCGACGUCGUUGAUUACGGUCGAGAGGGGGAGGUUGGCGCAGAAGUCGACGCCGGAAUUGGCGGGCGGGUCGGCUUCAGAUGGGCGUGGGCUGGGGAGUGCUGCAGAUCGGACUGGCCUUGCAAUGGGUUGUGUUCCGGGUCUUGCACCGGCGGUUGAACCCGAUGAGACGCCUAGUCGUUCUGUUUGCCACGCGAGGUCGAUGCCCAGCCUUGUGCUCUCACCGCCAAACUCAGCUCCUCAAAGCGUGCCCGCCACACCCGCCGACGAGUCCCUCACGCUUCCCUCACCCUUCAUCACUACACCCCCCUCAACCUCCUCGACCCCCGCCGGCGCACCACCGCCUCCCCACCAGCUCCACUGCCUAAUAGCAGAAGACAACCCCACAAACCGCAUGAUUCUCAUCCAAUUCCUCAAAAAACUCAACAUCGCCCACGUCUCCGCCCACGACGGCCAGCAAGCCGUCAACGCCUUCACCUCGUCUACACGGCGAUUCGAUUUCGUUCUGAUGGAUAUACAGAUGCCGGUGUUGGAUGGGUUGACUGCGACGAGGAGAAUCCGUGAGAUGGAGAAGAUGGGGAGCGUCGGGGCCCAGCCACGAACGAGGAUUUGGGCGCUGACGGGGAUCGAUACGGAGGGGAACAAACGGGACGCGUUCGAGGCCGGUGUUGACGCGUACCUCACCAAACCGGUCGGGUUGAAAGAGCUGCGGGCGGUGUUGGGCGACGUUUACGGGGACCGGGUCGCGGGGUGGACGCCGCCGGCAUCAACACCGGCUGCGUGAUGGUCAGUGAGCCAUCUUUUCUUUUUUGGGACCGACCUUGACCGUGUUUUGGAGCGCAGCGGCUGCUGGGC